AUGCUGGAGCAUCUGCUGAAGGUGGUCAUCAUAGGGGACAUGAAUGUUGGCAAAACCGCACUGCUCAUCAAUUACGUGGAUGGCAGUUUUAGUGAAAAAUACCAGAAUACCAUUGGCGUGGACUUCAGGGUGAAGGAGCUGGCCAGGAAUGACUGUAUCGCCACCAUGCAGCUCUGGGACACGGCAGGUCAAGACAGGUAUAAAACCUCUUAUAAAGUUUGUACAGCAAUUUCGAUAUUAUUAUAUUAAUAUAUAUAACUAUUUACAUUACGAUGUUAUUGCAGAGAGGUAGAUACUUAUCAAUUUGUCUAAUUGUUAUUGGAGAAACAUCAAACACAAUCAUCGACAAUCUAACGAAUUUUAAACGCCCAUUUCCAUGAUUUACAUAUGUAACCGCGUGGUGGCGUGGCUUACUGUUUAAAUUAAAAAAACACCAAAUGACAUGCAGGUCUGAGAGCUAUGACGUUUAUUUGUGUGGUACAAGCCGUUGAACAGGCAGUCCAAUCUCUCACACGUGCAGCCGACUGGCAGGAUCCGUUACACAUCAAGUACCAGUCGCAGGUGACCACCACAUCCCAGCCAAAAAAAAAAAGCCAGGGGUUAAAAUCCCAGCAGCCCUAAGUAGCCACUCUGACGUCACCGUCAUGAGCUGGUCACCGGUCACCCGUGGGACAUACAUGCCCAGCUCAGUGGGCGUGAACAGGCCCUGGGGGUAAACAAUGCCACCACCACAGGAGCGUGCAUGGUUGCCCCAUAGGUGGCACACUGCCACACAUAAAAUGUUACAUAAAUGCCCAGCUCAGUGGGUGUGAACAGGCCCUGGGGGUAAACAAUGCCACCACCAUAGGAGCGUGCAUGGUUGCCCCAUAGGUGGCACACUGCCACACAUAAAAUGUUACAUAAAUGCCCAGCUCAGUGGGUGUGAACAGGCCCUGGGGUAAACAAUGCCACCACCACAGGAGCGUGCAUGGUUGCCCCAUAGGUGGCACACUGCCACACAUAAAAUGUUACAUAAAUGCCCAGCUCAGUGGGUGUGAACAGGCCCUGGGGUAAACAAUGCCACCACCACAGGAGCGUGCAUGGUUGCCCCAUAGGUGGCACACUGCCACACAUAAAAUGUUACAUAAAUGCCCAGCUCAGUGGGUGUGAACAGGCCCUGGGGUAAACAAUGCCACCACCACAGGAGCGUGCAUGGUUGCCCCAUAGGUGGCACACUGCCACACAUAAAAUGUUACAUAAAUGCCCAGCUCAGUGGGUGUGAACAGGCCCUGGGGUAAACAAUGCCACCACCACAGGAGCGUGCAUNAUUCAAGACAACGAUAUUUUUGUUUUCAUGCUUUAAAGUUUAAAGUUUCAAGUCAUACAAGUUUGAACUCUUUCCUAGGUUUUUCAAAAAACAAUUUUUUUUCAUAUGGUUAUUUUUGCUCGAUGUCUAACAGUCCUAUUUAGGACUCCAAGUUCUAACAACAACAACAACAACAACAACACCAACAUCUGUGACAAAAUCCUUGACAACAGUUUGAUCUGUUACGUGUAUGAUGUCACUAUGCUAUCGCAAGAGUUGAGGUACAGAUACCGACUGUUGUUGUGUGCAAGCUUGAAACAAGUAAGUGGCAAACCAGCAUUAUGUCACAUUUGUGAGGUGAGAUAACGGGCCGUUCCCUUCAUUUUCAUGACACGCAUGGAGUCGUAAUUUACAUCGGACUGACGUCAGUCUAUUAUCUUUAUGACGCUCGCCGAUAUUCCGUUUGGGACAGUUCAGGUAGGCCCGCUUCCGCUUUCAUCCCAGCAGACGACAGUUGCACCGGUCGCGUGGAGGUCACUACCAGACAAAAGUUAUGCAAAUGUGUAAGAGAAAAAUGGAAGUCUUGAUGUGUCUGAAGCAGUGCACUUGCUAACCUCGGUGUACUUGCUAACCUCUGGCUCAGGACUGACCUAAAAAAAAAUACUCAUUUUGUACAAGUGGAGCCGGAGUUUAAGUAGUAUGGGGAGCAGUGUGCUGUCAACCAAACAAGAAGUUUUAUACAUAUAUAUAUAUAUAUAUAUAAAUAUAAAGAGCAAGUUUCACCAACCAAUCUAACAAUUUCAGGCUAAUUUGAGGCUAAUUUGUCCCCAUGUUGUACUCGUGUCUCUUCCAGCCCAAGAGUUCGCCGACCAGCAUCACAUGCUGUAUGUGGAGACCAGCGCCAAGACGUCCGCCAACGUGCACCUGGUGUUCGACGCGAUGGCCGACAGGAUCAUCAGAAUGAAGACGGAGUACGGCACGGUGAACCUGGCCGACACCGAGAUGAGCAGGUCCUUCCGGCUGGAGUCCAAAGACGCGCAGCAGGCCGACUGGUGCUAUGGAUACGGCGGGUACUGCUACUGA